CACUUUCUCUAAGUAAGAAAACCCAAUCUCAUUUCUUCAGCGUCCGGUCUUGUCUGCCUCCGUGUUCAUAGGUACUUCAAGCCAGGUGCCGAUCCAGUCAUGAGGGGGAAUUCCAGCAGCUUCAAGCUAGACAACGCCACGCGGGCCCUGUUCCAGGACGUAAAUACCAGCAUCGCCAUCUCGGCCAUCUACAUGGUGGUCACUGCCAUUAACCUGAUAGGAAAUGGCCUCUCCCUGUGGCUCCUCGUCUUUCGCACCCACCCCAAGACCCCCUCCAUCAUCUUCAUGAUUAACCUCACCCUGACCGACAUGUCCCUCGGGGUCGCCCUGCCCUUUCAGAUCGCCUACCAGCUCCAAGGGUACCACUGGAAACUGGGACCCAGGAUGUGCAGCAUCAUGACCCUUGUCUUCUACACCAACAUGUACUGUUCCAUUCUGACCAUGAUGGCCAUCGGAAUUGACCGCUACCUAGGCAUCGUGAGGCCCAUGCGGUUUAGGCACACCAGGGCCAGCAAGUCCAUGGCUGUCUUAAGCUGCCUCCUCAUGUGGGGCGUGGUCCUCACCGUACUGUGUCCGCUGAUGACCACGGACCUGACCUUUGACGUUCAAGAGCUCGGGAUCACCACAUGCUUUGACGUCCUCAAGAAAGACAUGCUGCCAAACUUGUGUGCCUGGGCGUUUUUCCUCUUCAGCAUGGUGUUCGUCCUCUUCCUCUUUCCUUUCUGUGUCACAACGUUCUGCUACGUCAGUGUCAUACGGAAGCUGGCCGAAAAUUCAAAGACAGUCCAGAAAGAGAGAGCCAUACGCCUGGCCCUCAUCGUUCUGCUGGUGUUCACCUUCUGCUUCGCGCCCAGCAACGUCCUCCUGUUGACUCACACGGUGCUGAGGCUCUUCUACGAGAAGUCUGUCUACAUGGCCUACAAACUGUCCCUUUGUUUCAGCUGCCUGAACAGCUGCCUCGAUCCUUUCAUUUACUACCUCGCUUCCAAGGAUUUCAGACAGAAGCUGAGACAGAUAAUCAAUCUGCAUAGCCUGAGCAGCAUGGACUCAAUGAAGAUGGAGCAUAAAGAGAGUUUUCACUCCACACAUUACACUGUUGGAAGUCCAGAGACAGAACACAACGAAAUGCCACCGACAGCAUAGAGAGACGGAAUGAGAGGGAGAGAAAAAAAAGAGUGAGAGAGAUGUGAUAAAGGAAGUUAGAGAAACUCUUUUGCGUGUCGUGUCAAGCUCCUUUUUGCUCCUUUUUUUGUGUGCACCAUAAAACAAAUGGCCAAAAGAGCAGCUGAGUUGUAUUUUCCUAUAUAUUGACUUAUUUUUUAUCAUCAUUUUUUUAUCAACAUUUGUUGUAUUUUAAAAGCAUUGCUGAUUAAAUCUGCAUUGUUAUAAUGACAAGAGUCAUUAUGGUUUUUGAACCAAAGAAAUGUAGCGUUUAAAAAAGUUCUCUGAAACCAUGAUCUCUAUAAAUGCCUCUGUGUGCCUUUAUGCUGUGCUGAACUGAAGGUACUUUUGUAACUUCAGUCCUUUUCUUCUCUUUGUUUUCUUCCUCUAC